AUGAGUGCUCAUGCUUUUGAGCCUCCUAGUAGCCAAUUCCCCAGUCCUUGCAGUUCAGUCUUGGGCCACCAAGAGCUUCUAGAUCGCUUUCGGCUUACCACGAUCCCCCAAUUUUCGUCUUAUUACAAUAGCAGCCUAUGGCAAAUUGUCCUCGCACAAACCUCGGUGUCUACUACGAAUUUAUCCGACGCAGCUAUAGCUUUAAGCGCCGCCCAUCAUGAGCGCGAGCAUCGCGGGUUUGACACUCAAAGGGCUGCGCCGGUUGCAUUUGACAUGUAUAUAAACGCCAUUUCGGAAUCGCGGCAGACCUUGGCUCGACUUUCCGAGGAACAUGCAGUAUGGACUGGAUUUAUCAUCUCAUUCAUGCUGGCUGGGGUGGAGGCCUUGCGCGGCAAACCUGAAAAUGCGAGCAUGCAUUUAACAAACGGACUGAAAGUUGCAUUUUCGCUCGAAUGCAACACCAUUUCUCAACGACCAAUUCUACGAUUGGAUUGCAAUGUAAUCGAAGAAUCUACCCAUUUUAUAAUGAGGUUAGAUAUCAAAUUGUCGGAUAUCUUAGGAGGACCAGAAAAUGUAGAUCAGGACCCAGCCAACCCUACAAAGCAAAGUAUAAAAGUCGCGUUUUAUAAUUUGAAGAACUAUGUCGACCACAUAAUGAAUCUGGUUGAUGAACCCAACGACCUGUCAUGCAACAUUCAAGGGAUGCUGGCCCAGCUGGAGACCUGGGACGCCCAUCUAACACAACUGGUGCCCGCAGCUUUUGAAACCGUACUUUACGAAUUCCAAAUGGUGAAACUUUUUCGUGAAACUAUUUGUCUUCUCCUACUAGCAAAGCAAUGCCUUUGCAUGAGAUAUACUGAAGGGAACCCCAACUGCCUGCGUGAGUUGAAAGCUUAUCUUUCUAAACUUCUGUUCCUCGAGGGCCAAAUGCGUUGUGACAAGAAAUAUGUGUCGCAUUUGACUCCGGCGCAGUUGAAGUUCUUGGCAGCCAGACACGGGCUGGUCUCGCUGAAGACAUCUUCUGAUGCGUCUGAGCCAUUGUCUGCACCGACUUCGCACCGGGCUGUUGAAGAACUUGUGAUGCAAGAAGAAGGCGCGAUUAGAAAUAGUGGCCUUGCACCCCCGCAGGCAAUGUGUAUGGAUAUCACAAGUGCAUUGGAAAACGGGUCGGUUUCAAUACGCUACUGCUUGGUGGAUCAAAAUGGUUCUUUUGUAUGGGUAGAGAAGCGUGCUUUGAUAUGGAAGGCGGCAGUCUUCCGACAGGCAACUGUUAAGCCAUCAGAUUUUGCCUGA